UGAACAGGUCAGUGUAAUGAAUUUUUUACAUUUAAUGGCCUUUGCCACCGAAAUAUUUUCGUUUGAUGAUACAGUGACGGAUUUACUGUCGAUACAUUCUUAACAGUGGACCUAACCUCAACCGCAUUAGUUCUUUCAGUACUUGAAUUCCGAACUUCUUUAAGCUUCUUUUCUAGCAUUCUUUCUUUCGGAAAUUAUUAACUUAUAUCUCAUUCAUUUCUAAGUCGUUUCGAAUAUGAUAGGGCUGAAUCGGGUAAGUGGUUUGUGCAGUGGACAUUAUAUAGGCCUAUGCAGCAGAAGGUAUUUGCAGCACGGAAGUAGAAGUUGUGCGCAAAAUAAGACGGGUUUGAAUUGUUCAUUAAAAGCAGGCAUUAGGACCACAUCCUCGAAAUUGGCACCACAAAAGUUAAUGGUUCGAUCCCUGACGAGUUCAAAACUUACAGAAGUAAGUGAAGGUAAAGAACUUGAAGGAUUUGUGGUGCAAGAAGUGAGUGAAAUACCUGAGUUUUGUCUGUCAGCGUACCGCUUACUUCAUCAGCCGACGGGGGCACAGUAUCUCCACAUUCAGCGUGAUGAUACGAACAAUGUAUUUUCUGUUGGCUUUCGAACAACCCCAAAUAAUUCUACAGGCUUGCCACACAUACUAGAACACACUACGCUGUGUGGCAGUUUGCGUUAUCCUUGUCGUGAUCCAUUUUUCAAGAUGUUGAAUCGGUCUUUGGCAACAUUCAUGAAUGCAAUGACAGGUCCUGAUUACACCAUAUACCCAUUUUCAACUCAGAAUAUUCAAGAUUACAAGAACUUGAUGUCAGUGUAUUUGGAUGCUGUAUUCAACCCGCAAUUGAAGGAGUCUGAUUUUCGACAAGAAGGAUGGCGAUUAGAACAUGAAAACCUGAACGACCCCAUGUCUCCAAUAAUCAUCAAAGGUGUGGUGUUUAAUGAGAUGAAAGGUGUAUUCUCAGAGAACCAGUCUUUGUUUGAACAAAAUCUCUUAAAUAAUAUCCUUCCUGGACAUACAUAUAGCUUUGUGUCUGGGGGAGACCCUCUUGUCAUUCCUAACCUGACAUAUGAAGAUCUGAAAGCAUUCCAUGCUCAUUACUAUAGUCCUAGCAAUUCACGAUUCUAUUCGUAUGGAAAUUUUCCUUUGGUUGAUCAUCUGAAAUAUGUUAAUGACAAAUAUCUGUCUAAUUUUAAAAAUACCUUACCUGAAGAUGGUAGGAACACUUCAGUACCUUCUGAAAGGAGAUGGUCUGCAGAGAGACACAAACACAUAUGUUGUCGGCCUGAUUACAUGUCUACUGAUCUUAAGAAACAUUCUACUAUUGCCAUCAGUGUGCUAUGCUCUGAUAUCACAGACAUUCAAGAAACAUUUGAGCUGCAGGUCCUGUCACAACUUUUGGUACAUGGCCCCAACUCUGCAUUCUACAAGACCCUCAUUGAGCCCAAUAUUGGAUCAGCAUUUGCUCCUGCAACUGGUUAUGAAGUGCAGACUAAAGACUCUGUUUUCACUGUGGGUCUUCAAGGAGUGAAUCCAAAGGAUUUUGAUGAAGUUGUACAGCUCUAUAAUGAAACCUUGACAAAUGUUGUGAAGGAAGGGUUUGAUGAGAAGCAUAUAGAGGGAGUCUUGCAUGGCAUUGAGUUGAACAUAAAGCACCAGUCAGCUAACUUUGGUCUGGGAUUGUUGUUUGGACUCACAUCACUGUGGAAUCAUGACGGAGACUUGGUGAAAGCAAUGAAGGUGGAAGAUCAGGUAUCCAUACUUAGACGCAGCUUGCGUGAAAAUCCAUGCCACCUGCAGGAUAAAGUAGUAAAGUACAUGAAAGAAAAUACUCAUAGACUUGUACUUACAAUGUCACCAGAUGAAGACUAUGAGGUAAAGCAAGCUAAGGCUGAGCAGGAGGUUUUGCACACAAAAUUGGCUGCAUUAUCACAGCAGGAUAAAGAAGUACUGUUCCAGCAAGCUUUGAAACUGCGUAAUGAACAAGAGAAAACUGAAGACACUUCGAUUCUUCCAGCAUUACAUGUGGAAGAUCUAAAAAAAGAAAUUGACUUAACGCCCUUAACAGAUGUAGACAUCUUGUCCGUACCUAUUCAAGUGUGUGUUCAACCCACAAAUGGCAUGACAUACUUCAGAGGAAUUUUGAACACCAGUGAACUAAGCAGUGAACUCAAGAUGCUUGUUCCUCUAUUCUGUGAGAUUGCCACAAAGAUGGGAACCCAAAGGCACACCUACCAAGAACUACAUCAACUUGCUCAGCUGAAAACAGGAGGACUCACUGUCACCAACCACAUUGCUGAUGACACCAUGGAAAUGAACUCAUAUGAAGAAGGAAUAUUAUUUUCUUCCUAUUGUCUGGAUAGAAAUGUGAAAGAUAUGUUCACAUUGUGGACUGAACUCUUCAAUGAAGGCUCAUACAGUGAUAUGAAGAGAUUUGAGACUCUGGUCCGGGAGGCUGCUGUACAGCUCAUCAGUGGGAUUUCUGACAUGGGACAUCAUUAUGCCAUGUCUAGUGCAGCAAGUGUUGUGAAUCCAGCCUCAUAUAGGAAGGAACUUUCUUCUGGCCUUAGUUAUGUGGGGAAAAUGAAAGAGAUAUCUCAGAUGUCAGACUUGAGCCAUGUGUUGGCCCAGAUGGGGCAAAUUUCACAGACAGUGUUUAACAAGAACCAUUUACGAUGUGCAAUAAACUUGAAUCCAGGUACUGAAGAUGCUGUGCUGAAGGAAGUGGAAAUGUUCUUAGGUUCUCUGUCAGGGAGAGCAGGCUUGCCCUUGUUGAAAACCAAGGAUCCUAACUACUACCUUAAGAAAUUGCCUGUACGGGGUUUCCACCAUAUCCAUUCCAUCCCCGUCAACUUUGCAGCUAAAUCAGUGUCCACUGUUUACUAUUGUCAUUCCCAUUUUUCCUCAUUGCGAGUAAUGGCUAGACUCAUCACAUCGAAGUUCCUACAUCCACAAAUCCGCGAGAAAGGUGGAGCUUAUGGCUCAGGGCUGUCUCUCUCUCCAUCUGGAGUUCUGAAUUUCUACUCAUACCGAGAUCCAAACUCUGCAGUGACUUUUGACAUAUUUGAUCAAGCCAAUGAGUGGGUCCAGCAGAACUCAUUUACUGAUGAAGAUAUAGAAGAGGCUAAGCUUGGUGUGUUCCAGACUGUUGAUGCUCCAAUACCACCUGGCUCAAAAGGGAUGAAUAAAUUUCUAUAUGGUAUUGAUGACCUUUUACUGCAGAUGCAUCGGUCUGCGUUGAUGUCUGUAACACGACAGGACAUCAUAGAAGUGGCAGAGGAGUACCUGGGACAGAAUAGUCAGUCAAAAUGUGGAUGUGCUCUUCUAGGUCCCAAGAACGAAGUGUUACACCUCAGGAAAAAAGAAAUCUGGGAGUUUGUGCAGCAGGAUGUUUAGAUUUUUUGAAAUAAUGUGAUAAUAUUAGAUUGAUUUAAAAGUGUUUCAGUGUUUUUUUAUUGUGAACGUGGAAAGCCACUCACUCCAGUUUGUUACCGAAGCAGGGUCUAUGAUGAAUUAAUGUCUGUAGGCUGAUUCUUGAGCAGAAAAUUAGUUUUCAUGUGUGGGACCUUUGUCUUCCUUUGCAUUACCUUACCACUCUCAUUAGUAUCCUUUCAUGGAAAGGGCAUGUCUGUAUUUCUGUUACACAUCAUUCUUACAAUAAAGAGACUUUGAUAUUUCAUACCCUUUUAGACUGUUCCAAUCAACCAACUCUCACUUUACUUGGGGGUGUAAAUAAACAUUUUUGUUCAUAUUGUUACAUUUUGUCCCGGUCACUAGACAUUUCAUACAUAAGAUAUAAAAUUUAAUCAGAUAAACAUAAUUAUUUUGGCAUAAUAAUUAAUUUCUGAUAGAUGUUAAAUUUAGAGCCAGUCAUCAUUAGUGCCUAUGCUCUAUAUGAAGGAAAUGUGCAUCUUUCUGUUUUUUCAGUACCAUAACAUUUUGGUUUCCAGCAGUUUUACUGCUGUACACAGUAGAUAGGAUGGGUUGUUGAAUCUUCAGAAGUGGUGGCUUAAUGUUAUUGGACUCGUAGUUUCUGACAUUUGAAGGGAGACAAUGAUGUCACUGGAAUGUUACUAGUGAGCACUCUGUACUCAUAUAUGCAUGGAAAACUGUCAGAGCUGUGUGUGUAUACAAGCAUACAAAACCUUGCUGUUUUGAUUAUAUCAAGGGAGCAGCUAAAACUGGAUGUCAUUGGGCAAUAGAUUUCUUUGUGUUCCUACAGAUCCAUGAAACACUUGAUUUAUGAACACCACAUGCUUCAGUUGUUAGGUCUUGGCAUUUUGAGAAAUUAAGCCUGCUUUAUUCAUCUUUUGACACUUUUGGAAGAAACUGUACACUUUAAAAUCUUUCCUUCAAGCCUGACUAUGCAGAGGUCUUUGCUGCUUCCAUCGUCAAGGUGAUGAUGGAGGCAACAAGGACCUCUGAAACACUGGUAAACGUAUACCAAACUAUGUGAUCCUACAACCGAGAAGACUGCCUUCUUUGUAUUCACUGCUGUGAGAACCUCAAAUCCUACUUAGAAACAUGCUCUUGAACCAAUGUCUUUGUGAAAGAACAAGUUACAUAUUUAAUAUUAGCAUUAAUAUUGUACACACACAUUAUAUAUAUAUAUAGGUGGCAGAUUGGAAAUUUGGCAAUAUGAAAUAGAAAACACACAGUAAAGUGAGAUUUAAUUUAAACAAAUGUUGGAAAUCAACAGCUUGAGCUAGAGAUGCAGGGUUUGCUCCAGCAUAUUCAAAAAUGUACUGGUUUCUGAAUUGCUGUCCUCUGGUUAUAGUGCCAUGUAGUCAGGGCUGAUGUUGGAGGCAGCAAGGACCUCUGAAAUAUUAGUAAACUUUUACCAACUUCAACUCAGAAGACAGCCAUCUUCAUACUCACUGCUGUAAGAACCUCAAAUCCUACUGGUUUCCUUUGUGAUUUAUUUUGUUAUCUGAACCAUGGAUAAAUUGUUGGAGUGUGAUAUAUUAUGUCCCUCAAAGUGAGUCAUUGUAAGUAUUUAACUACAACACCUCUGAUUGGAUUGUCUGCUUAAAAUGACAUGCCAAAAAUAUUAGGCGUUUUGGAUCCUUUACUAAGUCUCUGCCUAAAGAGCAUGCUGUGAAGGCAUAUAAGGAAGUUGGGAGACAAAUGUCAGACUUGCAUUCUCAAGCAACAGAAAGAGGCGAGUGAUCUGCCAUUAGCAAACAAAAAGUCCUCUAGUACAUAUUUGAUAUGAGGCUGGAUAUGCUUAAGAUAUAUUCAGUUGUUAAUUGAUGCAAAUAGUGACAUAAUGAGGCAUUUUGUGUCACAACACAAUUACAUAUGUUCUGAAAUUUAUUGAACUUAAUAAUAAGUGUGAAGUGUUCUGUGCCAUGACAUAGUUACUUGUGUAAAACUGUGUCCAGAGACUAAUAGAUAUUGUAAAUUUAUGUUUGACCUGGGGGCAAGAGUGGGCUAUCCCUCAAAGUUAUAAUAUUUGAAAUAAUGGCAAUUAAAUGUAAUCUCUCUAUCACCAUCUGCUUUUAUAUGGUUGCAGGCUGUGCCAUGUGUGGUUUAUUUUCUUUAAAUUUGUUGUUUCAGAAUCUUACAAAGUGGAAUUAUAGCAGACAUGUUUGUCUUUAUAUUUCUUUUUUAUGUUUAAUGAAGUCUGGGGUAGCACAUUGUUACUCCCUUGUCUUCAGUUAUAGAAAUAAUUGACCAACAAAUUUCUGUGCAUAAUUUUCACUGGUAUUGAUUCUUGAUGUACUGUUCCACUGUCAUGCUUGCAACUUUUUAACAUAAAAUGCAUAAGCAAGAUUGCAAAUGAAUCACCUUAACAGAACUUAAUAUUGCACACUUUCAGGGCACUAUUAUAAGUGAUGCUAGUUAUUGUUUGUACCACAACAGUUUGAGUGGCUGCCAAAUUAAUAUCAUUGGUGAAGAAUUAAAUAUAGAUUAAGAUGAUGUGUCUACCAGUGGCCAGGUAUACCAGGUUUCAUGAAAAUCUGUCCAGUUAUUCAUUCAUUGUUAGGAGUCCUGUGUACACACACAUACAAAUGGACAUGUGAGUAUGAUGAGUGCAAUAAAAAGUGAAUUUUGAUUAA